GAGGCUGCAGCGGGGGCUGGCGCCGGAGUCCGGGAUUCGACCCGCCGUGCCGAUCCAGGGCUGGACCAGCGACGGUCCGGGCACCCCAGGCUCUGCGCGCGCGCCCGCUGCUCAGGGUACCCCAGGCCGAGGCGCCGACAACUCCUGGAGGCCCGUGGGUGGGCGGAGGGAGGCCAGAAGGGCGCGGGCGCCCUGUGCGUGGAGUGGCGGAGGGGGCCGGGACGCCAUGUCCAUGGAGGACCCCUUCUUUGUGGUGAAAGGAGAGGUACAGAAAGCAGUCAACACUGCCCAGGGAUUGUUUCAGAGAUGGACAGAGCUUCUGCARGACCCCUCUGCAGCAACCAGGGAAGAGAUCGACUGGACCACCAASGAGCUGAGAAACAACCUCCGGAGCAUAGAGUGGGAUCUGGAGGACCUUGACGAGACCAUCAGCAUAGUUGAAGCAAAUCCUAGAAAAUUCAACCUUGAUGCUACCGAGUUGAGUAUAAGAAAAGCCUUCAUUACAAGUACUCGGCAAGUUGUCAGGGACAUGAAGGAUCAAAUGUCAACUUCAUCUGUGCAGGCGUUAGCUGAAAGGAAAAAUAGGCAGGCACUGCUAGGAGACAGUGGCAGCCAGACCUGGAGCACAGGAACGACAGAUCAGUACGGGCGCCUGGAUCGAGAGCUGCACUUAGCCAAUUCCCAUUUCAUCGAGGAGCAGCAGGCGCAGCAGCAGUUGAUUGUGGAACAGCAGGAUGAGCAGUUGGAGCUGGUCUCUGGCAGCAUCGGGGUGCUGAAGAACAUGUCCCAGCGCAUUGGAGGGGAGCUGGAGGAACAGGCAGUCAUGUUGGAUGAUUUCUCUCACGAGUUGGAGAGCACUCAGUCUCGGCUAGACAAUGUGAUGAAGAAACUUGCAAAAGUGUCUCACAUGACCAGUGAUCGGCGCCAGUGGUGUGCCAUCGCUGUCCUCUUCGCCAUCCUGCUGGUCGUGCUGGUCCUCUUCUUGGUGCUGUGACGGUGGCGCCCGUGGCCCGGGUUCCUCCUGGACGGGAGCCGGGGCAGGGGCAGUGCCCUGAGCACACACUCCUCCGGACUCCACCGCCAGACGCCCCUCCCUUCUGCGCUGGCAGGACUGGCGAGAAGAGGAAGAGGGACUGCACUCCUGUCGGACGACACCCCUGCUGCCCGUCCUGUUUGGGGGCCACUAGCCACUGCUUUGCCUUGCUGGACCCCACUCCCUGAGGAGGGACUGAGUCGCCCGGAAGGGUCGGCAGAGCCCGAUUCGCCCGUCUCUGGUAGCUCCUUUCUUCUGCUGUCCAUCAAAAGAUCCCCGUCGAGGAGGCGGCCUGGGCCAGGAGGCGGCCUGGGCGGGCCGUUUCCCAUCGCUAGAGCAUUUCUCACUCCCGAGAGCUGGUUGUUGACGAGGACAGAAGGCUCAGAAGCAGUUUGUGACUGCAAAUGCCGUAUUUCAUUUUUUCAGGGAUCAGAGCUGAGAUAAAAUUGCUGUUCCAGGUGCUUUUUUCGUGUGGUGGGAAAACUAAUGGAAACAGUGAGACACCCUGGGGCUUGGGGUCGCUAACAGCCUUUGGCUUUAAUGGACAAGAGCAAUUAAAAGGCGCAGCAGGACCUGCUCUGGCGCAGCCCAGGGAAGGGGUGACGGUGUCUCCAGAGGGGGGGGCCAGACCUGCUCUUCGCACGCUGCUGUCCCGGGGCUUCUUCCCAGAGGUGCAACUUACAUUUUUAGGGGAACCCUUGAAUACAUCAUUGCUGAACAGUGCAGAAGCGCACUCAAAAGGAUUAGGAUGCUGGCUUGUCCUCACUGACACUUAUUUUAUUCUGGUGGCACUCUCCAUUGGGGGAUGGGGUUGGAGUGGUURGUACAUUUAUUACAUUUACGCAGAAACCACCUUGACCCAAAAAGGCUAUUUCUGGGCCAGAUUUCCCUUACCCUGUGAGUAAUGGCAAGACGGGUGAGUGAACCUGACUCUUUUCUUCCUGACGAUGUCAGCUUGGCUGGAUCAUCCAUUCUAAUAACUGAGCCAAUCCAAACGUAAUGAUAGAUGCUUUAAUUGAGCUUAAGUAGCUGAAGCUGCUGAGACACUACACUUCAAGCUUCUGAUGGCUUUAAAGGCCUCGAAUGCGCACAUGUAUAUAGGAUAUUUUUUAUAGCUUCCCCGAUGCAUAAGCUGAUGUUAGAGUAGCAGCUGGACCCAGAGCCACAGCUGGGCCCCGGGGGCUGCUGGCCUCUGGGCGCCGCUGCCUUUGCACUUGGAAAGAGCAGUAGCACCCGGGCAGAGUUGAAGCCUGGCCUCCUCCUUUCCUUGUCUUUUCGUGCUUUCCUCGGCACCCUAACUUUUUUCUUACUUUUCUUGUUUUGUGUAUAUUUCUUGUGGAUUGGUUUGGGGGGGGGAGGUUCCCCUUUUUUGUGAUUUUUUGCAACAAGUGCGCUUGCCCAGCUAACUUUUGAAUUGCACUUUUUAAUAAAUAUUUGUAACAAUUUUUAAAGAAGGAUAUUCUAUCUUGUUUAGGAGCAUGGUAGGUAAGGAAAUCUGCCUGUUAAUGAAAGCUAAAAGCAUAUUUAUAAAACUGAAAGGGUGGUUGGCAUCCAUGUUUACACUCAACUCAAAUUUUGAUAUAUAAAUAAGUUAUUUCUUUUUAAAUUAGGAAAAAAAGAGACUGUUACAAAGGGCUUCAAAGGUAGGAUAUCAGGUUAUUUAUGUUUUAAAAGUUUUAAGACUUAUUCAGAUAGUCUUCUAUAAACUUAGACCAGGGAUGGUCCUUAGGUUUGCAUUAAGAAGUCUUGUGUUAAAAAUAAGUGGGACCUUGUUUAAGCGCCGUUCUGCUCACUCCUCUUUAUGAGAAGUAGCACCUCAGAGAAUGACAAGGUCCCCUGUUCAAAAGCCUUGCUAUUCUCCUGCUGUCACCAGACCCUGUCAGUACAAUAAGGCCUGUGUAGAACACACCUGGUCAUUUAAUGAGUAAGACCCUCCCGUUAGUUUAGGGCCAAGCGUGGUGGCCCCGGGCAGCAUGUUGUUCCAUUCUUUUGCAUUGGCAUUUUGACCUCGCUGUUGGAAGGUGAUUGCCUAACGGUGGCUGAGACAUGAUGGGGUGAAGCUGAGUAGGGAACGUGGAGACGGAGCAUCAACUUAAAUACAGGUUCCCCCUGCAGGGCACUCCCACUCCCACCUUAGACUGACCUAGAGCCAGCCUGACCCUGCUGUGCCGGCUGAGAGUCCCCGCAGAACAGCCUUCCUUGAAAGGGCCCCCACACAGACUCCUACACUGGCAGUGAAGUGCAGAGUGUUCCCUUCACUCUGUCCCAGGGUCAGGAGGUGGGGGGAAGGGAGCGAUAGGGACACCCUCGCUGCUUGUGAGUGCCUCCUGCUGGCAGCCCAGGCUCUUUCCCUUCAGCCAACCAAAACACCUUCAGUUUCUAGUCCUCUAAUUUGUGUUCCUGUCUUUGUGAGGACUGUGAAAAAUCACAAUGCUACGUUUGCUUUGGACUGUGUGGCAAAUGGAAUUGCAGUGGUGUGUGUGUGUGUGUGUGUGUGUGUGUGUGUGUGUGUGUGUGUGUUACAUGAGGAUCUUGCACAACUUCAGAAUUCACACCAGAGCUGAAGGGGGGAAACUUGGUAACUUGCCCAUUAUUCUCUGCUCUUAGCCAGAGUUAAACAGACUGAUGGGUCUGGUAGCCAACAACUUGGCAACUUCCAUGCCUUCUCACCUCGUGAGAUUAAGGGCUGUGAAAAGAAAUCGAGUCUAACUCCAACAGAAAUCUGUCUCUGUUAAGUAUUUUACCUUCUGUAAGUAAAGGUGGUGGAGCCAAGAUUUUUCUUUUGGUAAUUUCCCUGGCUAUAAAGUGAGACCAGAGGGACAUCUAUUGCCUGUUACUUUUUUGAAGAAUUUGGAGCAUAUGAAGAUCAAGAAAUCAAAUGACGACYGUGAGUUGCAUUUCAGCUGUGUGGAUGGUGCACUGCUCAACUCCACCUGGUACCACAAGGUGAAUUUGUAAGCAAAACAAGUGGCUGUCUGGAAACCACACGCUAAAACAUGGCAUGUGCAGCCUGUAGUUCUCUUUUUCUCACCGGCAUUUCUUUCCCUCCCAAGUUUUCAAGAAUAUUUUUUUCCCAAAGGAAUGUUCUUUGCCUAGAGAGAAGGUGAACCAAAGGCUUCUCAGAUGUAUCUCCCCCUCCMUUGCYGUGGAGRGGGCACUAAAGAURGGACCCSAUGAGAGGCCUUGCUAGGCACCUUGCUCCUCCUGGGCCUUCCUUCCCAGUCAGGCAAGUUGAGUCCCCGGAUAGUCUGGUAAGAGGAGGUGGUCUUCCUUUUAAUGUCCAGUUGCCCUAACUCCUAGUCUUCAGAAAAUAUGCUUAAAUGGUCUGAUUCUGGUGUGGCCACAUUGGUCAGCUGUUUGUAAACAUGGGUGCCACUGUCACCUGUUUUCUUGGUAAUGCUCACUGGGAACUGCCUCUGGUGUUGGAUCCAAAAAGCAAGAGUGUUAUAGGGAGUAGAGCUGUCCCUCAGCCCCAGGCAGCCCUGAGUGAGCCUUGUGCCUGGUGCUUAGUGACUCAGGCAGAGAAAUGCCAACAGAGCAGACCUGCCUUGUACCCUCUAGAGGGUCAACUCAGAGGGACCUGGGAYCACUGAGUGUGAUCUUGUUGCCGAUGAACAAUAACAGCUCACCCCAGUGUGCAUGGGGGUGCACUGCAUUCUGGACUUGGCCACCGGGCRCCCGCACAGCUUGUGGAACAAGUUACGGCACUUGAGGCUGACUUCGGUGACGGAGGUCAUUGGAUACUGACUUGUGCACAUCACUUCGCUGUAGACUAUGUGAUUUUUUUUUUUUCCUUUUGAAUACAGAAGCUCUGAAAGUUCCAGUGGCACCGAGGCCAGGUUGUAGUGACCUAGACAUAUUUGGAAGCUCUUUGUAUACUAAAGUCUCUUCACUAAUUCAGCUGUUGGGGAAGUGGUUGGAGAGGAAAAAACUUGUUUUCCCUCUGCCAUAAACUAACAUGUGGUGCUCUUUUCCUCUGGAUGUGACCUUUGUCCRGAGAUGCCCUCCCUGUGGCUGUGUAGAUGUUCACUGUGCUGAGACCGCGUUGUCCUGAACGCCUGCCUGUUGCUUGGGCUUCACGUGAACGUCUCAUGGCCCUGGUUUGCCAACUGUAGCCAGACCUUCCUGAGAACAGUGCAUGGUAUCAGGUUUUCUUUUCAGGUCAUGAGCUGUCAAACUCAGAGCCACUUGGUUAUUCAGGGGAUGUUAAAAUAAGGCCAGUCAGCUUYCUCGUUUGCUCUCAGGCCCUGCUCCUUGGCCUUGGUGGCAGCUGCAGCCCUGGGGUGGGAUCAAGCUCAGGGCUGUUCGCCCAGCUCCACAGAAUGUAGAUCCCGCCAAGACACCGUUUGUGAGUGGGAGGUGUGUCCCCGAGCUGAGGUCCAGCUUGGGAGAGGCCGAUGUCUCUAUCCCCAGCAAACAGUGCGUGUCCUGCCCUCUGGGAUGAGGAGAGGACAGCCAGGACCCCAGAGAAGCUUUUGGAACUGCUUUUAAGCUCCUGCGAUGACUUYGUAACUGGCCAAGAGUGGGCCCAGCUCUCCAUGGACAGACUUGAGAGAGUAUCCAGGGUGAGGGGGCCGAGAAGCCACUGAGGGGAGGACCAAGGGACCCCAGCUCUAAAUGAUGAUGGGUUCCAAGUUUGUAAGUGGAAAUGGGCUUUUCCUUGGCUUAUUUGUUAUUAGAAAUAAGUAUGAUUUAGAGAUAGGCAAAGCUCAGCAGAAAUCAAUCAUUAUAUAUUAUCCACGCAUAAAUAACCUUGCAGCAUUUUAAUUUUAAGUAACUGGAAGGUGCACACUAAGGGAAUGGGGUCAGGUUAGAACUGCAGACACCUGAGCAGCUUCCCUUGAGAUGGUGAGAAGGGGCCAGAGCCAGAGGCUGGAAGUUUACCCAGCCUUGACCACAGCUAGAUUUGUUUCCUUUAUAUGUGGCCCUCCGAGGUGGUAUGGGACCAGGGUGGCUACAGCGUCACCCAGGAACUUGUUAGAAUGCACAUUCCCAGACCCCUCUCUGACCUGCUGAAUCGGCAAGUCUGGAGGUCAGUACUGUCUUAACAAGCUGUCCAGAGGGUUCCAGUGCAUGCUUGAGUUUGAGAACCACUGCCACAGGAUCUCGGACUUCAGGCUACAGGAAAGCAUCCCUGCAAAAUAAAACAUCAUCUACAGCUUUGAUUGUAAUCCUAAAAUUUAUGACACUGCAAACUUGAAAACUUGAAAAAAUAUACUUGGGUAAAACAAAAACUCAACUAGCCACCCUUAAGAGUGAUAUUUUUACACCCCGAAGUCUAUCGGUAAUAUUUCUUACUUCUCUUGAGAUCAUGUUACAACU